AUGAAGUUCGCAAAGGAAUUGGAGGAAGAAGCUCUGGGAAAGAAGAAGAUCAAAGCCAUCUCGAAGGCCCUCAGGAACCUGCAGAAGACACCCGGCACUGAACCUCGCUCUGCCAAUAUCGACGCCUUCUCGGAGCAGCGUGCUCCCUUUACACACUAUGACUUCAACGUUCACCGGCCACCGAGCCAGUCCUUGGCCGAGAUAGAAGAGAUCGGGCCUGACGAAGACGAAGAUGAGGAGCCGGUCAACAGACCCCCAAUAUCUCAGCGCCAGAGUCAUACUUUGUUCGCGGCGUCUCCGCCUAUAUACAUUCCCGCGGCCCAAGAGGAGAAUGCAGGAACACUGCCAGAAAGUACGCCGCUUUACCCCUCUCAAUCGACGCGGCGAAUGAUAAGUUAUGGAUCCAUUGUAGGCACACCUCCAGAUGAGACACCGGGCAUGAUGGCCGCUCUUGAACUCCCAGAUCCCGCAUUGACCCCUAAGCGGACGCGCCCACCCACAGAGAACACAGCGAAAUCUGACGGCACAACUCCACGACUUCCCCCUCCCGCCCAGGUUCCAGCUUCGCCAGAUGCGUACCACGUUGGCCAGACACACCACCCUCCCCUCGCCAGGCACAGUUUUGCAGGAAGCUUAGCAAAGGCCAUGUUCAAGCCCCGACAGGGAGGCAAAACUCAAUCUCUCUCUGGACCGCCCGGCAGGAUGAACUCCCUCUCCGCGUCGCAAAGAUUCCGCAAGAUGUUCGCUCCCCGUGAUCUGACCGAGGCCUCAGUGAAUGAUAUGCAGCUGUCUGCGUAUCAAGAAGUCGACGAGAAACAGGCCGAUUUUUUCACGUUCUUGGACAAAGAACUCACCAAGAUCGAAGAUUUCUACAAGACCAAGGAAGACGAGGCGACCGAACGUCUCCAGAUGCUGAGGGCACAACUGCACGAAAUGAGGGAUCGAAGAAUAGCCGAAAUUUUGACGGCGAAACACUCCAAGGACGGCACGCAACCGCCACAUCUGGACGAUAUACGGAAACAAUCUGAUGGUCCUCUCAAGGAAAACGGAAAGCCCAACGGAAGCAGCAGCCACCGUCUCCCCAAGCCAAUAGUAGAUGUCAUGGGUCGACGGUCAACCAUCGGGAAGACCAGUCAAGCCAUGGCACAAAUGAGUUCCCCUCCCGGGCCCCAAGCACAAAAGAGAAUCAACGAAGCCAAGCAAGAUUACGUGCGCCGCGACCACGAUAGCGAAAUCAAGUACUCGGUCGCGAAGAAAAGGCUGAAGCUGGCGCUGCAGGAAUUCUACCGCGGACUGGAACUGCUCAAAUCGUAUGCCCUUCUGAACAAAACUGGUUUCCGCAAGAUCAACAAAAAGUACGACAAGGCGGUCCAAGCCAGACCUCCACUGCGAUAUAUGACGGAAAAAGUCAACAACGCCUACUUUGUCACGAGCGACGUCGUCGACAAUCACCUUAUUGCCAUCGAGGAUCUAUAUGCUCGGUACUUUGAGCGUGGUAACCACAAGGUCGCCGUGAAGAAACUGCGAUCCAAGGUUGGUACUGGAGAUCACUCGGCGGUGGCGUUCCGCAACGGCCUUUAUGUGGCGGCGGGCUGUUGUUUUGGAGUGGCCGGUCUUGUCGACGCUGCGUUUCGACUGAACGAUCCCAGAAUGACUGUGCAGACCAGCUACCUGCUGCAGCUAUACGGCGGAUACUUUCUCAUUGUAAUUCUAUUCUUGAUGUUCGUUCUGGACUGCAGAAUGUGGAACAAAAACCACAUCAACUACGUCUUCAUUUUCGAGUACGACACCCGACAUGUCCUGGACUGGCGACAAUUGGCGGAACUCCCUUGCUUUUUCCUCUUCCUCAAUGGUCUAUUUGUCUACCUCAACUUUCGGCAGAACUCGUACGAUUGGUUCUACAUCUAUUGGCCUUUGUUUCUCAUCGUCCUCACCGUCCUCAUCACAUUUCUGCCUUUUCCCAUUAUCUAUCACCACGCGAGGAAAUGGUGGGCCGUCUCCAACUUGAGGCUCGCCUGUGCACCAUUUUACCCGGUGGAGUUCCGAGACUUCUACCUGGGCGACAUGUACUGUUCGGAAACCUACGCCAUGGGGCAGAUUGAACUCUUCUUCUGCCUCUAUGUUAAUGAGUGGAACAACCCUCCACAAUGCAACUCCAGCCACUCACGCCUGCUGGGUUUCUUCACCACCCUUCCUGCGGUUUGGCGAGCACUACAAUGUCUGCGUCGAUAUUACGAUUCGCGGAACUGGUUCCCUCAUCUCGCCAACUGUCUCAAGUAUUGCGGCAACAUCGCCUAUUAUGCGACGCUGUCCAUCUACCGGAUCGACAUGAAUCACACGACUUGGGCCAUCUUUGUCACCUUUGGGCUAGUGAAUGGAGUAUAUUGCUCCUUGUGGGAUGUGUUUAUGGACUGGAGCUUGGGCGAUUUCUUCACCCACAAGUACCCGUUCCUCCGAGAGCGGCUUGCCUACAAACAAGUGUGGAUGUAUUAUUGUGCCAUCGUGGCGGAUGUCAUCCUUCGACAACAGUGGGUGUUAUACGCUAUCUUUACGACCGACAUUCAGCAUUCCGCAUUCAUGUCCUUCGGGGUCGGGGUGGCGGAGGCCCUCCGCAGAGGCAUGUGGUCUCUCUUCCGGGUCGAAAACGAACAUUGCAACAACGUUGGGAAAUUCCGUGCUUCUCGAGAUAUUCCUUUGCCCUACGACAUACCCGAUUCACGCAUGGUCUCCCCUGUUCAGAGACGCCAGACCCCCACCGCUCCACAGCCUACAGAGCCCGAAGAACAUGUUGCCACGGGCGUGGACCUCGAAAGCGUACCCUCGAGAGACGUGUCGCUUCGCCAACGACGCCCUCCCACCACGCCGCGGACACCCGCCAUGCGGGCCCUGCAACGCGUGGGGACUAUCAUUGGAACUGCCCACGCACAGGAUUUUGAGAGACGCAGGAGACCGUCUGAGGAUGAAGACGGGGGAGUGGAUGAUGAGGGAGAUGGAGGUCGCAGUAGCGACGAAGACGACGACGCCGAGGCAAGCGGAGGGGAUGAGGAGAUGGCGGAAUUGGAGAGACAGAGGGAGCAACAGACCACCGAACUUGCGGCAGCGAGUCGGUUGGUAGGGGACGGUCCAAGACGUGUCCGUUAG